AUGCCGUUCCAUGGCCACCACCACCAAAACUCGGCCUUUACGCCGUCGCAGGGCCUGAGCCAGGCUGCACAGGCUUUGGGCAGCAUUGGGGCGCCCGCGGGCAACCUCCGUGUAGCCACGUCCGGCACGACGAACGCAGGCACCGAUGCCCUCAUGCCAGGCAGCGGCAACGUGCAGUCUCCUACGAGCAGUGGCCCACACGCUGGAGGCCAUACAGCACCGCCAACCGCAGGGGCGCUUUCGAAUCCACCACCGCAACAGCAGGCGCGAAGCUUCGAGCCACGGCGGGUAGCCACCAACGAGGACCUGCACAUCAAUACCAUGAACCAGCCCCAGCAUGUUCCGUCGCAGUCGUCGGCGCCGCAGCAGCAGCAACAGCAGCACAUGUACAACUCGCCGGACCAGUAUGGCGCGCCAAACAUCAAUCUUCACCAAGGCCCCCCGAACGCCCAGUAUAGCGGUGCAUCUUCCGCGCAGAGUGUUCCCGGCAGCCUGCAGCCCGGCGCGCAGCAGCAGCAGCGACCGGGCGCGGCUUCCGCGUAUACCGCGCCUUCGACUGUGCCUACCAUCCCCCAGAUCAACACAAACGCCCAGCAGUAUACCCUCCCCACGCGCUCCAACACGAUAAACCAGCCUCAGCAGCAUACCUCUUCGCAUACCUACUCGAGAUCCAGCCCGGCCGGCAUGGGGCCCGACCAGAAAUAUAUUCCUUUUUCGAACACGCCCGAGAGCUCCAAGUACGCCGCCGGUACCCCUGCCCAGAAAUACUAUCCCUCAACACCCUCAGGCGCAGCUUCCAAUUCACCGCUAGGGUUGGCCGACAUCCGACCACGCGCAAACUCGAACAUGGCCGAGGAAUCAACCGGUGCGGGCACAUUAUUUGUCGAGAAUGACCGCACGCCUUCCAAUAGCAGCUAUCUCACACCGUGGCCGGCAUACGCAUUCGAUUGGUGCAAGUGGAACGUGCAUGGCGGCAAUGGAGCUGGCAAGAUGGCCGUUGGAAGCUACCUGGAAGACACUCAUAACUUUAUACAAAUCCUUGAUACCCACCUCACGCCGCAGGACGUUUCUUCGCCGGGCGCCCCGCAAUACGGUCUGGAAUACACGCGCGUGGCUGAAGCUACUUGCUCAUACCCUGUCACAAGAAUUUUGUGGGAACCGCCAUCCACUCAGAAACAGUCUACGGAUCUACUCGCUACGUCUGGCGACCAUCUGCGGUUAUGGUCGCUUCCCCAAGGCACCGGGCCCCAAACCAGCAACACAAUAACACGAUCGUCCUCAGUCAACACAAGAGACCCUCCGCCGCAGAAGCUGACACCCUUAGCACUCCUCUCCAACUCCAAAACACCCGAACAUACCGCGCCUCUUACUUCACUCGACUGGAACACGCUAUCUCCAAAGCUCAUCAUCACGUCCAGCAUCGACACAACAUGCACAAUAUGGGACAUACCGACAUUGACUGCCAAGACACAAUUGAUCGCCCAUGACAAGGAAGUUUUUGAUGUGCGCUUUUGCGCAGGCAGUGUGGAUGUAUUUGUUAGCUACUCACCAGGUGGUCGCAUGUCACCCACCAAAGCCCAACAAACCAUGUCCUACGCCCCACCCCUCCUCCGUCUCGCCGCCUCUCCCCACGACGCUCACCUCCUCGCUACCUUUGCCGCCGAUUCGAACCUCAUCCGCAUCCUCGAUGUGAGGCAACCAGGCCAAGCACUUUUAGAACUCCGCGGCCACUCAGCACCCGUCAAUUCGAUAGAAUGGAAUCCCUCUCGAAGAGGCAUGCUCGCAUCAGGUGGAGAUGACUCCCUCGUGCUCGUUUGGGAUCUCUUACAUUCGCAGAACGGCGCCGUCAUAAGCGGUGAUCAUGCUGCACCACCGCCUCCUCCCGCCAGCGCGCAGCCUCCGAAUGGCGGGCAGGGCUCAAGCACUCAGGCCACGGGGGGCACAAUGGGCCAGAAAGGACCAUACGCUAGCUGGAGGUGCGAGUACGAGGUGGGCAACUUAAGCUGGGCACCGCAAAGCGCCCUGACCGGGUCUGGCGGCGAGUGGGUCGGUGUUUGUGGCGGCAGAGGCAUAUGGGGCGUUAAGCUAUAG